GGUGCUCUCGGUGCAGAUGACCAGCAGCAUUGUUCGGGGUCAGGAUUCCCGAGGCGGUGUGGUUGGAUGAGUUGGGAUUUAUCGCGUGUUGAUUUGCACGGGAAUGAUCGAUCCUGUACGGUGGGAAGCAGUGACAGGAGGUGGAGGAUCAUUAGAGAUCGCAGUCGGAAGUAGUUGACUUUCUCUAAGUCAGGGACCAGUGGGUCGUUUCAGCGUCGACUGUGUGUGUGUGUGUGUGUGUGUGUAUAGCCUGGCCAAUUGCACUCUCUGCGCGAUUCUCCAGAUAAGGAGGACUCUGAUCAACCAUUCGGGGAGCAACGCACACGAGCAGUUGCACAGGUUUUCUUUGUGUCGAAGACAAGCGGUGCUUUGGAGAUCACUUUGGAGACUCAAACCUCCCUGGUUUUUUUAAUAAAACAUCUUGCACCGGCGAGUAGAUGGACCUUCUGAAGCCAGGAGCAGAGAUUACAACAUUGGUGAAAUACCCAUGAAAGAAACCUCACCAGCUCUGCCUUGCUUUAAAUGAAAGGAAGUGAUGGGAAACAGUGCUCAGAAAACUCAUGCAGAUACAACUCACCAGGCCCGCUCUGGAUCUGCUCGACAGUAUUACACAGUUCCACCUAGCAGUCAUGAACGGAGAGCACAUCCAAACAUCGCUGAGCCUCCUAGGUUUCAUUCGCAGGCCAAAGGCAAAAACGUCCGUCUCGACUCGCAUUUCAAAAAAGCUACCCGGAAAAACAGUUUCUGUAAUGGUGUAACCUUCAGCAACCGUCCAGUUCACCUUUAUGAAAAAGUGCGAUUACGGUUAUCAGUGGUACUUCAUGGGUGGAGUGGUGCUUUACGGUUUGGUUUUACAAGUCAUGAUCCCUCACUGAUGAGCUCUGCAGACAUCCCAAAGUAUGCAUGCCCUGACUUGGUAACCAGGCCUGGCUACUGGGCCAAAGCAUUACCUGAAAGAUUCGCUCUGAAGGACAAUGUCCUUGCUUUCUGGGUGGACAGACACGGACGAGUAUUUUACAAUGUGAAUGAUGAAGACCCUGUUCUUUUCCAGUGUGGCAUUAAUGUUUCAGGACCACUUUGGGCGUUGAUUGACAUUUAUGGAAUUACACAGGAGGUCCAAAUGCUUGAGAGCAUGUUUGCAGAAACCAUAACUUCAGCCCGGCUCAACACAGCACGACUGAACAGUUGCCUUCCUCAAACAAGUCAUGACAAUGCCAACUUCAAUAAUAAUGAACUGGAGAACAGUGUUGUGGUGGCAAAAAUCACAAACCUAAAUCUAGGUGAUGUUCAAAACCUUGCAGCAGACAAUCAUAAUUUACCUUGUUGUACCAACAGACGGCUUCGUUCACGAGGCCUGCCAUCUUUUCUCGACACUGACCUUCACUUUCACCAUAUACGUGGGCCCGAUGUCACUCUUUCUCAGGACAGAAUGGGAGCAUGCACAAACUGGCAGGAGAGUACUAGGACCCUGGUGUUCUCUGAUCGGCCUUUGCAUACUGGGGAGACCCUGUAUGUGGAGGUGGGGCAUUUAGGGUUGCCAUAUUAUGGUGCUCUGCUCUUUGGUGUGACAUCAUGUGACCCCAGCACUCUGCGAACAAAUGAGCUCCCAGCGGAUCCAGACUUCCUGCUUGAUCGUAAGGAAUAUUGGGUAGUGUACAGAGGUUUUUCAGUGCCCAACAGUGGUGAUAUUUUCAGUUUCACCAUUCUGCCAAAUGGUGAGCUUCAUCAUCGUGUUAAUGGAAUAAACAUAGGGAUGCUGGUCUAUGUGGACACCACUCAGUCACUGUGGGUGUUCUUCAGCUUACAUGGAGUGGUCAAUCAGCUAAGGAUACUGGGUACGUCUCAGUCCAGCCCUGUCGAUGUAUCUCCUUCAGGUUCUCCAAGUGGUUCCCAUUAUGACAGUGACUCUGACAUGGCAUUCAGCGUUAAUAGAUCCUCAUCUGCAUCUGAAUCGUCACUAGUGACUGCACCCAGCUCUCCACUGAGCCCUCAGUUCUCCCCAUCUUUCUCUCCGCCUGAACCCCAGAAUAGCAAAAAUGGAGAGUGCGCCGUCUGCUUCGACAGUGAAGUCGACACCGUUAUUUACACCUGUGGACAUAUGUGUCUCUGCUACGACUGUGGUCUUAAGCUGAAGAAACAGAUCAAUGCCUGCUGCCCCAUCUGCAGGCGAGUUAUAAAGGAUGUCAUUAAGAUAUACCGUCCAUGAGAUAUUUGGUCCCUAAAAAGACUAUUCCUCAAUCCACACUAUAGUUUUUAAAAAGUGUAGAAUUUUUAUAGAUAGGGAAAGCUUCUAUUGCUCACUUUGAUUUCAGUUAUAUAUCUUCACACAGUGUUGCUAUAUUCUUUGUCUUUCAACUUAAUUUCUCUUUCUCUAAUUUGUCUUCGCCCUUUCUGUCCCUAUUCAUGUUGCCUAUAGUUAGCUGCAGACAGGAAAGUGGGAUGGCUGCACACAUUUCCAUCUGUAGAAACAGUGCCACUCCAUGAUUGACCAACAAUUUUCGCUCAAGUGGAGAAAUUAGAACAUCAUCUAGCAGCCAAAUUGAACACAGAUUAAUUGACCUAGCUAAAAUUAAACAGUUCAAGUAAAGAGCAAUAUUUAUCUGAUUUGCUUUUCUGUUCUUUGAUUGCUACAAGACAAAAAAAAGUAUUAAUCAUUAACACAGACCAAAUAAUUUGAGAAAGGAGUGUAUUUUGUCAUAAUUCUCACUAUAUCUCAUGACCACAAUAUCCCUAAUGACUAAUUAUAGCAGGUUAUUUUCCACAAACAGUUGGUCUGCAAAGGUCAACGAUGGAUUUUUCUGCACGUUCUCCACAAAGACUGACCUGCUUCUUAUGGAUCUGCUUCACGCACAUCAGCCUGCAAAGUUAUUUAGAGAGACCUAAAUUGCCACAAGCAAUUAAAGCAUCCUAAAUGCCUUCAAACUACAUUUUAAAUUUAAUCUGGAGAGAAUGUAUACAUUUCUAACAGAUUAAUUAAUAUCUAAUUGUGCUGUGUUGUGGAUGCUUAUAUGCAUGCCAAAAUUGAUGGCUCACCAGUGGCAAUGGAUCCCCAAAUUGAGAGUUAUUUUGUUUAAAUUUUCUAAAACAUCAAGCAGCAACUUUUAUUGAAGGAAUUGGGGAGCCUGAUGAGUUUAAUAAUGACUAAAGUUGUAGUAUCCCUUUUUGGCAAAAUAAUCAAGUUUAACUAUAAAAUCUAAAUGGUGUAACAAUUACCAUAACCCAGUUUUUCUUUUUCUUUUUUAAAAACAUUUUUGCUUUAUUAUCUGUUUAGAAAUUGCCAUUUUUUCUGGCUGAUGAGAUUAAUUCUUUUUUUUUUGUUCAUUCCUGGCUGUUCCUACAGUUGUGGCUCCUUGUAAGAAGGAAUUGAGAUUCUCUAUUUGCCGUACCUGAUGGAGGUCUGCCUCCCAGUAAUCCAUUAGUCAGGACAUGGAAGAGUUCAUUCCAUGAUAUGGAAGAAAAUGAGAAGGGUCCUUAACAAUUAAAAUAAGGAGGGAAAAUAAUAAUUUGGGAGAGAGGUACCAAGGGAAGCCUGGUUCCAUUAAGCAAAUAUUCAAUUGAUUCAUAUGUUUCAUAGUAUUGGCUAACAUGCCAGCAAAGAGAUAUUGCAACUUUAAUAUGACUUUAACAAGUAAGAAGUUUUAUGCUGGAUAUUUUCUGUGGUGAUUCAAAGCUACAGGUGCCUUACAAAGGAAGGUGAUGCACUUUUUUCUGAUUCCCCGUGAACUUUGACUGCCACUAUUAUAGAUUCACUGAUUAAUGGCAAAGUAGUUUUAUAGGACUCACAUGACAACCACUAAAAUAUUUUCCUUUUGAUAGUGGAGUGAAAAUGGUAUCUAACACAAAUAUAUUUAAUAUCUUGCCUAAUUUGCUGACUUUGUACAAAAAUAGUAUCUAGUUUCGUUAGCAUAUUGUUUCAAUAUUGAAGAUGAUGGCGCAUACCACAAACUUCAACUGACACUUUGUACAAAUUAUGCCUGCGGUAUAUAGUGUAAACAUUAUCAUUUUGGGGUUUUUUUGCACUUAAUUUAAAUGUUUUCUGUUGUCCAAGGUUUGUAUUUCUGUGUGCUUGUGUGCUUGCACUGUGAAUGAAAAGAUUAGUAGAUCAGUUACAAAAGAGGAAAUAAGACCUAAACAUGAAAUGAAAAGGUGAGAAUCCCUUUUACCGAGGCUUAACUGGUCUGCUAUUCAGAACUGGCAAAACUUCUUUAAAUAGCUGGUUACAACAUUUGGUAACACAUUCUUUUAGGAGAUAUGAACAAGUAUCCAAUAAAUCUUUGAAUAAUUUAUCUAAUAGAAAUCAGGAUUUAAAUACAUAAUUAAAUUGACUCAAUACUCAUAGCUAGUUUCAUUUAAUUUUGUUUUCUUCUCACUUUAUAAUUCCUCUGUUCCAUCCCAGCACCCUUUAUCCAUCAAUGAUUAAUUUUAACUUUGUAAUUAUCAUAGGUUUUUCACAGUUCAGGUUCGGUGCGUCUUUUCAUUAAAGGCUCUGCUUAUUUAUAUAUGUACAUAGACCAUUCAGAUUGUAAAGCAACUAAUUCUGUCCCCUAAUGUAUCCACCUGUAUAAAGUUCCCACAGGCAGGAACUUGUGGAGAUGGUGAGGGUCUCAGCUGCUGGCUGGAGAUACGGCAAGAUCCACCCAUUGCCUCUUUUUGGGGUGACCUGCCACAUCAUGUGCCAAUCAGGCACUUAACAGGCCAGUGGUGGGCCUUCCCCCAGGAUCAACAACCCCAGGAGAGGAAUUCCCACCUGCCAAGAGCUGCUGGUCAAUUAGAGACUGGCAGCUCUGUUGAAUGGCAGAAACACGGUGGCUGCUGCCAGUAUAAUACCCAGCUGAGGCCUAGAAUCAUCACUGGAUCCCUGAUCAGAUGUGAAUGAUGGGAGGAGGGAGGGUUGCAAGGAUGGGUUGGGCAGGGGAGUCAGUAGCAAGGGCAGGGGAAUGGCUUGCAGGUCCCCCUCUUCUUGAUGCCAGGUCUCUCGAUCAUGAACUGAAUGCCUUUGAACGAGGGACACCCCUGGUAGCCCGCAAGCAAAUACACCAGGGUUUGCUUGCCAUGCUCUCUGCAUGGCGAGCCCCCCACCCAUUGCUGGGUUAAUACCAGUGGCAGAAGAAUGAGGUGACAUCAAGGCAGGAAGGCCAUCCACGGGCCUUCCUGCCAUGGACUCAAUCAGGGUGGAGGCAAGAAGGUGACACUAUUCACGCCUGCCACUUUGCUGCCUGAUUAAAUCCCACCUCCAUCGAACUCACCAUGGGGGAGGGCACAAGAUUGCAUCCCACAUCUUAGAGUUUUGGCUUGUCAGCAUUUGUCAAUAAGCAAAGGAAUCUUUCUUUAUGUGCAUUCAUAAGAUGUGAGCAUCCCCAGCAAGGACAGCAUUGUUGUCCAUUCCUAAUUGCCCUUGAGAAGAUGGUGGUGAACUGCCUCCUUGAACUGCUGCAGUCCCUGUGGUGUGUGUACACCCACAGUGCUGUUAGGAAGGGCUGCAGUGAAGGAAUAGCGAAG